UUAAUAUGUUUGCGGGAAUCACCCAAUGACCCGAUGUUUUGUUUUCAAAAGUACGAGUACUCGUACGGGAAGUCUCGAUCAAUCAUACUAAAAGUAAGUACGGGUAGACGGACAGACGGAUUGGGUCUCUUCCAUAAUGACACGUUUCGCUUUUUUCCGAGUACAUCAUUCCUAGUUACGGUGCGUGUUUUAAAAAAGCUUUGCGCCACACGUUGUCGUCAUCAAAAUUCGAAAUCACUCGUCGCACGAUCGUAAAAAAUGCUCUGAAUUCUAGACAAAAGUCACGAAAUGUUCUCACAUUUCAAUUAUUUUUGGCACACAUUAAAGUCAUCUUGUUGCCGCUUGGAAUCUUUCACAAGACACAAGUUUCAACGGACUAAUUAACUGUCUCAACUAAUCUGAAGAACACUUGGAUCGUUGCAAUGAAGUUUUCAUUUUUGGUCCACGGCACCGUUUUUUGGGGUGCCUAUGCAUCGCUGCUCCUGGCGUCGACGACGUAUGUGUCGGCAAAGGCUAUCCUUGGUGUCGAUCUUGGAUCAGUUUACAUGAAAGUCGGCCUUGUACAGAGAGGUGCGCCGCUUGAAAUUGUCACUAAUAUGCAUUCGAAACGAAAGACUGAGCAAAUAAUUCUUUUUGAUCAAGGAACUCGUUUGUACGGAUCAGAUGCCAAUAGUCUUUUGGCCAGAAAGCCCACAAAGACUGCUGUAGGCAUGAGCACGAUGUUGGGACGCGACGAAAACCAUCCAGCGGUAAAAGUAUGUAAUUUCACUGAGGCAUAGUAUAUAUAUCAAAGAUCAUAUCGAGUUUAAGCCGACACAAACUUGGCCGAUAAACUUGACUUAAAGCACAAUGAUCAAACAUGAUCUCUCACUACUUCCGUUUGUUCGUAUUUCAAAAUGUUGAACACCUUCUUUAAUGCUUCUCCUUCUAUUGGAAAAAAAUACAGGUACUUACUGAUCGGCACUACCCGCUCACACCUGAAUAUAAUGAAACGAGAAAAGGUCUCUAUCUUUCGAUUGAUGGCGGAAAACAAGUUCACACGCCCGAGGAGUUGACUGCCAUGCUUUUGCACUACGCCGAAGAAUUCACUCAUCAUUACGGUAAAGAAAAAGGACACGUUUAUGGCGACAUUACUGAUUGCGUCUUAACUGUGCCGUCGUUUGCGACACAAGCAGAACGUCAGGCCUUACUAGAUUCCGCAAAAUUGGGAGGAUUCAAGGUUUUGGGUCUGAUCGAUGAAAACACAGCCUCUGCCCUCAAUUUCGGGAUGGAUAAGACCUUUGACGAACCAAAAAUAUACCUGUUCUACAACCUCGGAGCAAGUUCCUUGCAAGUCAGUGUAGUCAAGUUUCACCACUACGAGGUACCGGAAUCGAAAUAUUCCAAGAAAAUGAAGAAAGUUGGAUCGAUUGAAGUGUUGGGUAAGGGAUGGGAUGCAACUCUUGGAGGUCUUGCUUACGACAAUCGAUUGGUUGAGUACAUGGCGGAUAGUUUCAACCACAAAUGGCGUCAUGCUCGUGGUCACGAAAAAGAUAUUCGAGAUGUUCCCCGUGCUAUGACUAAAAUCCGCCUUCAAGCAAACAAGGUCAAACACGUUUUGUCUGCGAAUCAAGAAAUUCCCAUUCACAUGGACUCCCUCUACGAUGAUAUGACUCUUUCCAUGCACAUCACUAGAUCGCAGUUCGAGGAAAUGUGCGAAGACCUUGCAAAAAGAGCCACUGAACCCAUUAAUAAUGCCUUGGCAUCUGCUAACGUGACGUUGGAAGAAAUUGACGAAAUUGAAAUGCUUGGAGGAGGAAUGCGCGUUCCUAAGGUUCAAUCCAGCCUCACUUCUAUCUUGGGUGGCAAGGAACUAGGUAUGCAUAUCAACUCAGACGAGAGUAUGGCACUAGGUGCAGCUUUCUAUGGAGCCAACAUUUCAACCGCCUUCCGUGUUCGUCAGGUAGGUUUGGUUGAUAUUAAUCCCUUCCCAAUUGGAAUUUCUUUGGAAAACUUGGAAUCAGACGAUGAUAGUGAGGAAGCCUGGGGCAAGAAAGCUACAAUCUUCAAAACAAAUGGUAAAGUCGGAGUGAAGAAGACUAUCGCCUUCACGCAUGAUAAGGAUAUACUUUGUUCAUUGGACUAUGCUGAACCCGAAAAUAUUCCUGAUGGAGCGAAGACAGAAUUAGAGCGUUACAAAAUCUCAGGUGUUUCUGAUUUCGCGAAGGAAAUGGAAGAGAAGGGGUUGGGUAAACCGAAGAUAUCAUUGCAGUUUGAAUUAAGCAGUAGUGGUGUGACGUCGCUUCGUAAAGCCGAGGCUGCAGUUGAGGAGAAAUAUACUGUUGAGGUUGAAGUCGAGAUCGAGGAUGAGGAACAAACUUCGGAAGCAUCUGAAACUAACUCUACGGAUGAUGACAAAAAGUCAGAAGAGACUAAUUCUCAAGAUGAAAGCGCCGAAAAAGCUCCUGACGGCAAAGAAAGUGGAGAAGGUUCAGAAGCAGAUGAAACUUCGGAAGAAGAGAAAGAACCAAAAAAGAAGACCAAGAUUGUCGAACAGGUACGUUUAAAAAUGUAAGACAUAUUGUACAUUGCUAAAGUUGAUGGAAGAGCCACCAAUCUCAUCUUGUAGAUUUUUGGGGUACGAAAACAAAAACCUGCUUUUGUUUCUAAAUUGCAGGAAAAGAAAAGGGUCCAUCGAAAGUCCUUAGACGUCGAAUCCUAUCAGGUCGGAAAAAUUCAAUCUCUGUCAGAAGAUUUGAUCCAAGAGUACAAAGAUAACAUUGCAACUUUGGCUGAGUUAGACAAACAACGCGUUCUUCUCGAAGAAGCAAAGAAUAAGCUUGAAAGCUACUUCUACUAUGUUAAGAAUAAGCUUGUUGACGACGAAGAUAACAUUGGGAAAAUCUCGACAGAAGAGCAAAGGGAAGAGCUCCUGAAGCUAUCCAUGGAUGCUGAAGAAUGGCUUUUUGACGAAGGCGACUCAGCUGAUCUUGCCACGAUCCAGUCUAAGUAUGAUGAAUUGGCGGGACCUGCCGAAAAAGUUUGGUUUCGCUUGAAAGAAAUGACAGAGCGACCCGCAGCAGUCAAAGCCCUGAACGAAAAACUUGUGGAAAUCGAAGAGAAGUUCACGAAAUGGGUCACGAAUUUGACACAUAUCACAGAAGAUGAAAAGAGUGAUGUAUUUGGCAAGAUCGAAGGUGCCAGAAAAUGGCUCUCUGACAUGGUCGAUGCACAAUCUGAGAAAGCGGGACACGAAGAUCCAGUUUUUAGUAGCGAAGAGGUCCCUCUGCAAACGAAGUCUAUUCAGAAGCUUAUAGCGAAGUUGACGAAGAAGCCCAAGCCCAAGCCUCCAAAGGUUGAAAAGAAAGGAACCGAAAUGAAUAGCACCGAAAAGGAAACCUCGGACGAAACUGAUAGUGAGUCUGUUGAUGCAGACACCAAGGGGACUGAAGAGAAAGAAAAUGCUGCCGAUAGUUCUGACAAAGAUACCGACGCGAAGUCUGAUGGUACGGGUAAGGAUGGAAAAGAAGACAGUGAUGAAUUGUAGAGUACUGUACAUCAAAGUAUCAACAAAACUUUCAGAAAUUAAUACUCUUCGGACAGUAGGCACUCUUAAUCUACAAUUUCCAAUUGCGAUUUUUACAAGUAGGUACAACUAUGUGAAUAUGGUACAGUAAAUCAUUUGUGCCUACAGUAGCAUGUGAGAAGGAAUACAGGCUCUUAUCCAGA